AAAAAGAAAAAAAGACAAAAAAAGAAAAGAAAUCAUUUCUCGCUCUCGCUCUCGCUCUCGCGGAGGCAAAAGAGAGAGAGAAAGAGCGAUUUCGAUUCGAUUUUCCGGCGAGAGCUCACCGUCCAUGGCGAUCAUCUCCGACUACCAGGAGGAAGAGGAGCAGCGGCAGCCGGGGGCCAAGAAGCCCGCGGCGGCGUCGGCCGCCUCCUCGUCGUCCUCCGCCUCCGCCUCCGCCGCGGCGGAGUUCAGCGCGAGGUUCGAUCCGUCCAGCCCGCUGGGGUUCCUCGAGAAGGUGUUCGAGUUCGUGGCGGAGCGGAGCGAUUUCCUCGCGCACGAGGCGGCGGAGGGGGACGUCGCGGCGGUGGUGAGGGCCUCGAGGGAGAAGCAGAAGCAGAAGGCGAUGCAGGUCGAGAAGGAGAGGGAGAGGGCUAGGGCUGAGGCGGAGGCGGCGGCGGCGGCGGCGGCGGCGAAGAAGAAGAAGGUGGAUGAAGAGAGGAAGGUGGAGGAGGUGGAGAUGAAGGAUGCGGAGGAAGAGAAGAAGAGUGGGGCGAUAGUGCCAAACAAAGGCAAUGGUCUUGAUCUUGAGAAGUAUUCCUGGACUCAGACUCUGCAGGAGGUUACUGUCCGUGUUCCAGUUCCUAAGGGUACUAAAGGAAGGUUUGUGGUAUGUGACAUAAAGAAAAACCACUUGAAAGUUGGACUCAAGGGUCAACCUCCUGUAAUAGAAGGGGAGCUUUUCCAAACUGUCAAGCCUGAUGAUUGUUACUGGAGUUUAGAGGACCAGAGCGAAGUCUCCAUUCUCCUUACCAAGCACAAUCAAAUGGAGUGGUGGAAAUCUUUGGUGAAGGGGGAUCCUGAAAUUGAUACCCAGAAGGUAGAACCAGAGAAUAGCAAAUUGUCUGACCUGGACCCAGAAACUCGGCAGACAGUCGAAAAGAUGAUGUUUGAUCAGAGACAGAAGGCAAUGGGUCUUCCUACCAGCGAUGAGAUGCAGAAACAGGAGGUUCUAAAGAAGUUCAUGGCAGAGCAUCCAGAGAUGGACUUCUCAAGAGCAAAGAUUGCAUGAGGGGGGUUGUUAACUGCUUCUUCUGUAGCUUGACUAUACCAUGACCAAGGAUGUGUGGCUUUUAACUUCUCAAAUCCGGAAAUCUUUGGAUGUUUACAUUGGGCGCAGAUGGCCGAGCUUGUUAAAUUUUUUUUUGGUGGUUUCAAUGAGGGUUUGUGGUUUGUUUUUCCAGGACUCCAUCUUCUCUUUUAGGAGCGAUCUGCUCUUGGUUUACUAUUUCCUUUCUUCCUGAUGACUGCUGAAAGAAGUUGCUACUAUGAAAAGACUAUCGGAGAAUCAGUCUUGGUUGAGCACAAUGUAGACAAAAUUGCAACAUGGUCCUUACAAACAGGUUAGGUUGUGAAA